AGCCCCAUAAAUAAGCCACGCUUUAGUUGAUCUAUGUUGUCUUAUUUAGAAGUCCGGCUGGUUGGAGGUUCUCGCUGCUCUGGGAGGUUAGAGAUACUUCACGAUCAGUCGUGGGUUUCAGUGUGUGACGCUGCCUUUGACCAGCAGGAUGCAGAGGUUGUGUGUAGAGAGCUGGACUGUGGGGCUCCUGUACAGGUGCUGGGAGAAGAUGCUUUUGGCAAAGGAGACGCUCAGAUGUGGACACAAGAGAUUCAGUGCAGAGGAAAUGAGUCUCAGGUUCACCUCUGUCCAACAUCACCAUCACAUGAAAACAACUGUUCAUAUGAGCACAACAUUGGUUUGCUGUGUACUGACAUAAGAAAUGUGAGACUGGUAAACGGUAGCAGUCGCUGUGCUGGUAGAGUGGAGGUUCUUCAUAGAGGUCAGUGGGGAACAGUGUGUGGAGCUGGCUGGGAUAUGGCUGAUGCUGCAGUGGUGUGUAGAGAGCUGGACUGUGGAGAACCUGUAGAUGCUCUGUAUGAUGUUCAUUUUGGACUGGGAUCAAAACCGUUUUGGAUGAAAAAUGCAAUGUGUACCGGAUCAGAGUCUACACUUAAGAAAUGUGGAUUCAUACAACCAUCUGAUCUUAUUGUGUGUCUUAAUAAGAGCGCUCAAGUCAUUUGUUCAGAAGUCCGGCUGGUUGGAGGUUCUCACUGCUCUGGGACGUUAGAGAUACUUCACGAUCAGUCGUGGGUUUCAGUGUGUGACGCUGCCUUUGACCAGCAGGAUGCAGAGGUUGUGUGUAGAGAGCUGGACUGUGGGGCUCCUGUACAGGUGCUGGGAGAAGAUGCUUUUGGCAAAGGAGACGCUCAGAUGUGGACACAAGAGAUUCAGUGCAGAGGAAAUGAGUCUCAGAUUCACCUCUGUCCAACAUCACCAUCACAUGAAAACAACUGUUCACAUGAAAAUGUUGUUGUCUUGGUCUGUGCAGGCAAUAUGAAAGUGAGGUUGGUUAAUGGUAGCAGUCGCUGUGCUGGUAGAGUGGAGGUUCUUCAUAGAGGUCAGUGGGGAACAGUGUGUGAUGUUUUCUGGGAUAUGGCUGAUGCUGCAGUGGUGUGUAGAGAGCUGGACUGUGGAGAACCUGUAGAUGCUCUGAGUGGUGCUCAUUUUGGACCAGGAUCAGGACCGAUCUGGACAAAUCGCAAGUUAUGUUCGGGAUCAGAAUCUACACUGAAGAACUGUGCAACAGUAAAUUGGGGUGAUUAUGACUGUGAUCAUACUAAAGAUGCAGGAGUAAUCUGCUCAGGUAAACUGCUCCAAACCCUGCCCUGUUUUUACAUCACUGAUAAUUCAACUGCCUUAAAGGGAAAGUUCAACCAAAAAUGAAAAAUCAGUCAUCAUUUACUUUGUGUCCUUUCAAACCUCUGUGACUUUGUUCUGUAGAGCACAAAAUGUUUGUUUUUUUCCCUAAUUUUACUUUCAUUAUAUUGAAAAGAGUACCAGGAUAUUCUUUUAAAUUCCCCUUUUAUGUUCCAUAAAAAAGAAAGUCAGAAUGAUAUGGAUUGACAUGAGAGAUUGUGUAAUUUGACUAUUUUACUCCUUUCACAUUAAUAAGUGGUGCUUUGUGGUAGAACAACAAUGACAAGAAUUACAGACCUUUA